AUGUAUACUGAGCUGCUGCGGGGGUACAGCAGCUUUGCUGUUAGCCAGAGAGGGUCUCUGCUUGCUGCUGCAGCCGGUAGAGAUAUUCAGAUAUUCUCUAUGGAUACCCUUUCCCUCUACGCUUAUCUGCAGCUGCAGCUCCCCUGCAGCAGCUGCUACUGCAGCAGCUGCUGCUGCUGCUGCAGUAGCAACAAACAAAACCAACCAGCACAGUCAGGAGAUAUCUACAGAAAUGGGAACACAGCAGCAGCAGCAGCAACCGCAACAGCAACAGCAGCAGCAGCAGCAGCAGAAACCACAGAGCUGCCACCCCCUUCCAGCUCAUAUGACGGCACGACCGAUUCCCCGCAGCAGCAACAGCAGCAACAACAGCAGCAGCAUCAGAAGCAGCAGCAGCAGCUGCUGCAGCCCGUGCAGCAACUCGAUUUUGUUGCAGCAGAUCGCGUGCUGCUGGUUCUAACGAGCUGCUGCCGACUCUUCCUCUUUUCGCUGCUGCAGCAGCAGCCGGCGCUGCUGCUGCAGCUGGACCUUCAUCAGGUGUACGUACAGGCAAUACCUGCCCUCGGGCUGCAGCAGCAGCAGCAGCAGCAGCAAAAGCAGCAGCAGCAACUCAUGUCGAAACGCAGCAAAAGCAGAGACGACGGGGGAGAUACUGAUGAUGACACAGAGCAGCAGCAGCAACAGCAGCAGCAACAGCAGCAGCAGGAUGAGGAAUGCGACGAGCAGCAGCAGCAGCAAGACGCCGAUAGUGAACAUCAACAGCAGCAGCAGCAAGAGUUGCAGGAAGAGCAGCAGCAGCAGAACGAUAUGCAGGAAGAGCAGCAGCAACAACAACAGCAGCAGCAGCACAUAGAAAACCUCCCUGGGUGUAGUGCUACGCCUCUCGCGGGUGAGAGCGAGGGGUGCCGCAGGGGCAGGCUGAGCAGCAACAGCAGCAGCAGCAGCAACAGCAGCAGCCGCAACAGCAGCAGGGGACGGUUUUGUAGCAAAGAGCAUCCAACAGGAGAGACAGCAACAGCAACUGCAACAGCUGCUGCUGCUGCUGCUGCUGCUGCUGGAGGAGAGAGCGAGAGAGUGAAGAUCUGCUGCCUGCAGCUGCUGUCUUUGGUGCUCCCCCCCGCUGUUAUGUUGACAGAGAGGAGGGCUGAUGAUGCCUGGCGGCUGUCUGUUGCUGCUGCUGCUGCAACAGCACAAGCAGCAACAACAGCAGCAACUGCUGCUGCUGCUGCUGCUCCUGCUGCGGCAGUCGAAGACCCGAAGCAAACGAACGACGCAUCAACGACGGCUGAUUCAGCAGCAGCAGAAGCUGCUGCUGCUGCUGCUGCUGCUGCAGAUUUAGAGGCCUUAAGAGGUGAAGGCCGGAUGUCUUUAAUUGUCUCCUUUGCUGCUGACCCUCGGGCUGAGACAGAGAGCUGUACGUACACCGCACCGUUGCUGCUGCAAUUUGUGCUGCAGCCUCAGCAGCUGCUGCUGCUGUAUCUGCAGCAGCAGCUCCUGCGGAUGCACCGCCAGCAGCAGAAGCUCGAGCGGCAGCUGCUGCUGCAGCACAGACAGGCUUUUCCUCAGCUUUUUGAUCUUUCUUCGCUGGCUUUGCUGCCUCCUUCUUGCUGCUGCUACCGCACGGAGGUGCAGUGGAGUCGAUGCGGGGAGCUGCUGCCGCCUCGCAGCAGCAGCAGCAGCAGUAACUGCAGCAGCAACAGCACCAGCUGCAGCAGCAGCGACAGAUGGUCUCUCUCUGGCCGCAGCAGCAACUUUCCAUUCUGCUGCUUCACUCGACGACAUCCUGACCAGCUGAGACUGCAGCUAUUCCCAAUACAGCCGCAGCAGCAGCAGCAGCAGCAGCAGCAGCAGCAACGGCAACAGCAGCAGCAGGAUGCUGAGGAGCUCGUGGCUGUGUGUUCUCCAACGGGGACCUUGUGGGUGUUGCGGUUGCUGCAGCAGGACUGGCAGCAGCAAGAACAGGAGCAUCAGGAGAAGUCAGAGCACCAGCAGCAACAGCAGCAGCAGCAGCAGCAGCAACAGCAGCAACAGCAGCAGGUUGCAGAGAUUUUAGGGUGCUCUCACUUUGCUGCUGCAGCAGGACCUGUUGAGGUGAAGGCCCAGCCUGAUGGCGGCGCGCUGCUGCUGCGGGCUGUAGACAAAAUUGUUGCUGUCACCAUAUCCACUACUAAAGGCACCGCAGCAGCAGCAGCAGCAGCACCAGCAGCAGCAACCGCUGCAGCAGCAGAAAGCGAUGCGCCUGCUGCUGCUGUUGCUGCUGCUGCUAAGGGAGAUGAAGAUGAGGCAGAAGCAAACGGUAGUAAGGCCAAGGAGACAGAACGCUCAGAGCCAGCAGCAAUUGCCGCAGCACCAAACGCCUCAGCCACACCUGCAGCAGCAGCAGCAGCAGCAGCAGCAGCAGAUGACAUCGACACAGGUGAACAAAGAAAAAGGCCGAGAGAAAACGGCGAAGAAGGGAGCAGCAACAGCAGCAGCCGCAACAGCAGCAGGGGACGGUUUUGUAGCAAAGAGCAUCCAACAGGAGACACAGCAGCAGCAACUGCAACAGCUGCUGCUGCUGCUGCUGCUGGAGGAGGAGAGAGCGAGAGAGUGAAGAUCUGCUGCCUGCAGCUGCUGUCUUUGGUGCUCCCCCCCGCUGUUAUGUUGACAGAGAGGAGGGCUGAUGAUGCCUGGCGGCUGUCUGUUGCUGCUGCUGCUGCAACAGCACAAGCAGCAACAACAGCAGCAACUGCUGCUGCUGCUGCUGCUGCUCCUGCUGCGGCAGUCGAAGACCCCAAGCAGACGAACGACGCAUCAACGACGGCUGAUUCAGCAGCAGCAGAAGCUGCUGCUGCUGCUGCUGCUGCUGCAGCAGCAGCUGCAGAUUUAGAGGCCUUAAGAGGUGAAGGCCGGAUGUCUUUAAUUGUCUCCUUUGCUGCUGACCCUCGGGCUGAGACAGAGAGCUGUACGUACACCGCACCGCUGCUGCUGCAAUUUGUGCUGCAGCCUCAACAGCUGCUGCUGCUGUAUUUGCAGCAGCAGCUCCUGCGGAUGCACCGCCAGCAGCAGAAACUCGAGCGGCAGCUGCUGCUGCAGCACAGACAGGCUUUGCCUCAGCUUUUUGAUCUUUCUUCGCUGGCUUUGCUGCCUCCUUCUUGCUGCUGCUACCGCACGGAGGUGCAGUGGAGUCGAUGCGGGGAGCUGCUGCCGCCUCGCAGCAGCAGCAGCAGCAGCAGUAACUGCAGCAGCAACAGCACCAGCUGCAGCAGCAGCGACAGAUGGUCUCUCUCUGGCCGCAGCAGCAACUUUCCAUUCUGCUGCUUCACUCGACGACAUCCUGACCAGCUGAGACUGCAGCUAUUCCCAAUACAGCCGCAGCAGCAGCAGCAGCAGCAGCAGCAGCAACGGCAGCAGCAGCAGCAGGAUGUUGAGGAGCUCGUGGCUGUGUGUUCUCCAACGGGAACCUUGUGGGUGUUGCGGUUGCUGCAGCAGGACUGGCAGCAGCAAGAACAGGAGCAUCAGGAGAAAUCGGAGCACCAGCAGCAACAGCAGCAGCAGCAGCAGCAGCAACAGCAGCAACAGCAGCAGGUUGCAGAGAUUUUAGGGUGCUCUCACUUUGCUGCUGCAGCAGGACCUGUUGAGGUGAAGGCCCAGCCUGAUGGCGGCGCGCUGCUGCUGCGGGCUGUAGACAAAAUUGUUGCUGUCACCAUAUCCACUACUAAAGGCACCGCAGCAGCAGCAGCAGCAGCAACAGCAGCAGCAACCGCAGCAGCAGCAGAAAGCGAUGCGCCUGCUGCUGCUGUUGCUGCUGCUGCUAAGGGAGAUGAGGAUGAGGCAGAAGCAAACGGUAGUAAGGCCAAGGAGACAGAACGCUCAGAGCCAGCAGAAACUGCCGCAGCAGCAAACGCCUCAGCCACACCAGCAGCAGCCGCAGCAGCAGCAGCAGCAGCACCAGCAGCAGCAGAUGACGUCGACACAGGUGAACAAAGAAAAAGGCCGAGAGAAAACGGCGAAGAAGGACAGCAGCAGCAGCAGAAGGAGCUGGAGGUGAUGGAUGCAGACGGCGGCGGCAGCGAGAGAAGCAGCAGCAGCAGCAAUAGCAGCAACAGCAGCAGCAGCAGCAGCAACAGCAGCAACAACCAGAUGGUCGUAGACGAGGGAGAGGAGCUCCAGAACAAGAAGCGCAGGUUCCAGCCACAGGAAGAACAGGCUGCUACUCCUGCUGCAGCAGCAACGCAUGCAGAAGCAUCAGCCAAAGGUGCAGCUGCAGCAACAGAAGCUGCAGCAACAGAAGCUGCAGCAACAGAAGCUGCAGCAACAGAAGCUGCAGCAACAGAAGCUGCAGCAGCAGAAGCUGCAGCAGCAGGAGCUGCAGCAGCAGAAGCUGCAGCAGCAGGAGCUGCAGCAGCAGAAGCUGCAGCAGCAGACGAUGCAGCAGCAGCAGCAGCAGAUGCCGCCCGUACAGCUGCAACAAAAGGAGCUUCAACGGCACCGUAUAAUUCAGAAGAACCCCCAGAAGGUGCCACAGCAGCAGCAGCAGCAGGAGGAGCAGCAGAAGGAGCAGCAGCAGCAGCAGAAGGUGCAGCAGCAGCAGCAGCAGCAGCAGCUGCAGCAGGAGAGGGAGAAGAGAGCGAUGAAGAGGGUGUUUCGAGCCAUUGGUCUGAUGGUGAGGUUGAAACUUCUAAGUAUCCAUUGCAGCUGCUGCUGCAGUUUGUGCUGCAGGAUCGAGUGCUGCGGGAGAAGUAUACAUCUUGUUGCUUCAGCAGCAGCAGCAGCAGCAGCAGCAGCACAGAGUAUCCAUCUAUUGCUGCAGUAUCUGCUAAUCGUGGCAGCCAGACGGGCAAUAGCAGCAACAGCAGCAGCAGCAGCAGCAACAGCAGCAACAACCAGAUGGUCGUAGACGAGGGAGAUGAGCUCCAGAACAAGAAGCGCAGGUUCCAGCCCCAGGAAGAACAGGCUGCUACUCCUGCUGCAGCAGCAACGCAUGCAGAAGCAUCAGCCGGAGGUGCAGCUGCAGCAGCAGAAGCUGCAGCAACAGAAGCUGCAGCAGCAGAAGCUGCAGCAGCAGAAGAUGCAGCAGCAGCAACAGCAGAUGCAUCCGCCAGUACAGCUGCAACAAAAGGAGCUUCAACAGCAGCCUAUAAUUCAGAAGAACCCCCAGAAGUUGCCACAGCAGCAGCAGCAGGAGGAGCAGCAGCAGAAGGAGCAGCAGCAGCAGCAGAAGGUGCACCAGCAGCAGCAGCAGCAGCAGCUGCAGCAGGAGAGGGAGAAGAGAGCGAUGAAGAGGGUGUUUCGAGCCAUUGGUCUGAUGGUGAGAUUGAAACUUCUAAAUAUCCAUUGCAGCUGCUGCUGCAGUUUGUGCUGCAGGAUCGAGUGCUGCGGGAGAAGUAUACAUCUUGCUGCUUCAGCAGCAGCAGCAGCAGCAGCAGCAGCACAGAGUAUCCAUCUAUUGCUGCUGUAUCUGCUAAUCGUGGCAGCCAGACAGGUUUAUAUAUGAUUGAUGUUGCUGCAGCAAACGCUAUUGAAUCUAUCGUUAUAUCUCUAGAAACAAGCAAGAUGCAGCCAUUCAUACAGAUGGAGUGGUCGCCGCGUAGCUGCUGCGGUAUACCUUUGGGUGUAUCUAUAUCUUCUUUAUCUGCAUUAGGUGCAUGCACGGGCUCUGCAUGCAGCAGCAGCAGCAGCAGCAGCAGCAACACUCUUAUAGCGCUCGAAAAAAGACAAGGAUUGCUGCUGCUGCUGCAGCCAAAGAGAAGAAGAAUAUGGGAUCUGCUGCAGCCAAAUUUUGAUAGAAUUGAUAGAAAUGUUGAAGCAAUAGAAAACCCAACAGAAUUCGAUGCUCUUCUCUCACCACAAGAUAAACUCAAUGAUCCUCUCUAUCAGGCGUUGCGUCGAUUCAUCAGCAGCACCGACCCUGUCACUGGCCUUCCCCCCUGUAGCCCCCCUUUCUCUGUGCCGCCAGUACAAGGGCCUGUAGCAGCAGGAGGAGCAGCAGCAGCAGCAGCAGAAGCAGCAGCAGGGCCGCUGCUCUGGUGCGCGUUUGAGCCUCUAUCUGCUGCUGCUGCUUCUUAUGCUGCAGCAGCAACGCUAACAGAUAACGACGGAGAGACGCAGCUACAGGAUCUUGCUGCUGCUUUUGCUGCAGCGUUGCAGGGGAAACCAACAGCAGCAGCAGCAACAGCAGCAACAGCUGCUGCUUUUGCUGCAGCGUUGCAGGGGAAACCAACAGCAGCAGCAGCAACAGCAGCAACAGCAACAACAACAGCAGCAGCAGCAGCAGCAGCUAAGGCCGCCCAUGAGUCUGCCUACCCUCCCGUUUCAUUCUGGGUGCAGCAUCCGUUGCUGGGGGAUUUGAAGCGGCUGUAUACUCUCUGCGUGGAUCCCUCUGCUGCUGCUGCAGCAGCAGCAGCAGCAGAGCAGCUGCAGCAGCAGCUGCCAGCCCUGAGUACUUUCUCUAGCCGCAGUGAGUGGCUUAUGGAGCCCAAAGGCGACUCGCAGCAGCUGCUGCACAGCAGCAAGAAGGCAGAGACAGAUAUGGAGACAGAGGAGAAGAUAGGAGACGUAGGAGAACACAACAGCAAACCAGUUGCUGCUGCUGCUGCUGCUGCUGCUGCUGCUGCUGCUGCGCCCUCACGGGGCAAUCGUCAGACCUCAUUAAAAGAGCUAUUUCAAAAUCUCGUUCGCAGCAGCAGAGAAAAAUAUAUAGCGCGAAUGUCGCGGAGAGGAAAGAUAAGAGAAAUGCCUCUGCAGCAGCACAACUCGCUGCUGCACUGA